UUUAAAUUCACUACUAUAUACUAAAUUAUCGAACACAUAAGAGGCAAAAUAAUCGACCAUGAGAUUAAGCUGCAACGGUUGCCGAGUGCUGCGAAAGGGAUGCAGCGGGGAAUGCCCGAUCAGGCCAUGCCUUCAGUGGAUAAAGUCGCCGCAGUCGCAGGCCAACGCCACCCUCUUCCUGGCCAAAUUCUACGGCCGCGCCGGCCUCAUCAACCUCAUCCAUGCGGCAGCACCGCAUCUACGACCAGCGGCGUUUAAGUCGCUGCUCCACGAAGCGUGCGGGAGGAUCGUGGAGCCCAUUCUUGGGUGCACGGGGUUGCUGUCGUCGGGGCGGUGGGACCUUUGCGAGGCGGCCAUGGAGGCCGUUUUGAGUGGGGCCCCAAUCGGGAAGGUGUCGUUGUGGUGUGAGUCUGCGGGUUCUUCGAUGCUGAAGGCGUGCGAUAUAAGACACGUGGCGAAUAAGGGAAUGAAGAGUGGGUUGCACAAGGUGAAGGAGAGCAGUAAGGGUUUCAAACGGAACGGAGGAGGAAAAGGGAAGAGAGGGAAGGAGAUUGCUGACGUCAGCGACGACGACUGGGCUUCUGGACUGAGUGACCAUAGAAGUUUAGUUAACGGUAACGGUGAUAGCUGCUCCGUGGAAACCGAGACGGACACGGUGGAGGCUGCAGAAGCGAGUGACGGAGGCUUGGACCUCAACUUGACUUUGGGGUGUUUCUCGUCUUAAUUGACCUAAUCCUUACACAAUCAGAGAGAUAAUCAUAAAAUCGGCUAUCCAUUUUUCUUCUUUAUUAGCUUGUAAAUUACUAGAUCGUUUUUGUCUCCAUAUAUACUAUAUCUAAAUCAUUUUACUUAAUCUUAAUGAUACU